UGAGGGAACAGGAAGAGGAGAGACAGCAGCCAUGUUUUGUGGAUGGUGAAUGUAGGAGCCGUGUGAGCAGAGAAUCUGAUGGCAUCCAGGUGUGAGAGCAUCCAUCAGUAACCAGAGCUGCAGCUAAGUGAAGCUGAUCAUGUCCAAGACCCUGAUCCUGUUCAGAGAAAGGAAGAUUGCUGCCAGGAAUGCUGAUGAGAGCAGAGGAACUAAGCAACAUAUACGGCGAUAUCUCAUGCUUGUUGGAGAGACAUUUGUUCUGUUCAGAGUCACCAGUGUAUACAAAGCAGACCAGGGUCGGUAAGAUCGU